AUGGAUCAGUUUUCCCAUAUCUGCGAUGUUGAUGCUGAGCCUUUGCAUCGCUAUCGAAAGGGUGGCUAUCACCCUAUCGGUCUAGGAGAUCUCUUGAAAGAUGGGCGGUACAAAAUACUGCACAAAUUAGGCUGGGGUGGUUACUCGACAGUCUGGGCUGCAAGAGAUCGGAGGGAACAACGAUAUGUCACCGUAAAGAUCUCAGUCUCAGAACGAGGAGAACGAAACCGGGAAUUCAAAGUCUUACGUGCUAUAGCAGCUAUUCGACCCGAGCAGCCUGGCUCUCGGCAUCUAAUGCCAAUGCUGGACCACUUCCAGCUUGAUGGUCCAAACGGAACUCACGACUGCCUCGUGCUUGAGCUGUUGGGGCCAAGUGUCCCUGAUCUGCUUGAUGCGCGCUUUCGCGGCGAGAGACUUCCAGGAAAACUUGCAAAAAGCAUCGCGAAACAGGCUCUUCUCGGCCUGGACUACUUGCAUCAACAAAAUAUCGGACAUGGAGAUCUGCAUACUCGCAACUUAAUUUUCACUAUCCCUCCAAUACAUUCCCUACGUGAAGAAGAGUUCUUCCAGAAACUAGGAAAACCCGAAACCGGAUUGCUCAGAAGAAACGACGGAAAGCCGCUAGAGCCCGGCAUGCCCAAGUACCUUGUCAGGCCCACUUCCUAUCCGGCAGUUCUCUCGUCUUUCCAUCCGAUCAAAAUUGUUGACUUCGGCGAGUCGUUCUUGAGCAAUGACAUUCCUGACACGCUUCACACACCGCUUCCUGUUCGUGCACCCGAGAUCAUAUUCGGAGAUAAGUUGGAUCAUCGCGUGGACUUGUGGAGUAUGGGCUGUAUGCUUUUCGAGCUCGUAGUCGGCCAACCGCCGUUCGACAGCUUCAUGACAACGCCCACGAUACUUGCCCGCCAAAUGCUAGAGAUGGUCAGUGACGAACUGCCAGAGCGUUGGCAAGAAACAUGGCGCGCCAUGGACAGCGCAUCACGCGGGGAGAAAUCCGGUUAUACGCUCCAAGAAUGGCUGGAGGAAAUGUACUUUGACGGGGAGAGGAACGAGGACUUGACUCGGAAAGAUAUACUCAAAGUAGGCGAGCUUGUUCGAAAGAUGCUACGGUUUGAGCCUUCCAUGAGGGCGUCGGCGAGGGAGAUUCUUCAGGAUUCUUGGUUCAAGAGAGAAUAG